UGUUGGAAGCUGCGCGAGCGCACCCCGACCUUUAGCAAGCUCGCACUAUUCAUUGUGUUUGAUUGCAUUUUAUCGCGUUCUAUGUAUAUAUUCGCCUGUUAUCGGUCACGCUCGUAAGGGCACGCGUCUUUUCGAAGUUUAGGAAGCGACGUGGUGAUUUUGAAGCUUAUAAUAUGUUUACCUUGAGAAAGCUCGACUUCCAUCCUCUGAAAACUUUUGCAUGGCUGUGAAGCAAAAUCGAUGCACAAGCCAGUUCCUUUAUUGAUAAUAUACCGUUUGAUAGACAUUCGUCCUGCAGUGAGAGUAAUGUGUAGCGACGAUGAUAUCCCCUGCGUCUAUGCGAAUUAAAGAGAAUUCUCUUCUCAAAACAUUCUAUGUUGGAAAUGGGCCAGGUAUCAAUGGGAUCGUUCAGGAUUAAUAUUGCACUUUAAACGGGGCACCGGGCCCUGUAACACAUUUGGCCAGCAGUGAGCGCAAACCAUGUCUGGAUUAAAGAUGGAGGAGCCUGGCAAUGAGAAGUGCUUGUCAAGAAGACGUUCGGCUGCAUUAAGGGCUUUUAAAGUUAAAGACGAGCGUGUUGCAACUUUCAAGAAGGUUGCUGCUAUCCUUCAAAAAUCAGAAACUGACAGAUCACUGGAGGAGAAUGAGAUCCUCGCGUCAUGUGGAGACGUUGUCAAGGAGGUUAACCUAAGACAAGAAAAGAGGGAUCGUGUAAAGGCAAGAUUAGAAGAAAUCGAAGAUGCUCCUGAGAUUCUUGAAGAAAAAUGCAUGAGAUUGGCUGCUGCCAUAAGUCGGGCAUCAUCUCUUGCUGUGUAUACAGGAGCAGGUAUCAGCACAGCAGCAUCCAUACCAGACUAUAGGGGUACUAAUGGAGUGUGGACAAGAAUGCAACAAGGAAAAGACAUUGGGAAUCAUGAUCUAAGCCAGGCAGAGCCCACACUCACACAUAUGGCCCUAUACGCCCUUUACAAGGCGCGGGUAUUGAAGCAUAUCGUUUCACAAAAUUGUGACGGUCUACACCUGCGCAGUGGCAUUCCGCGUACCCUACUCUCAGAGGUACACGGGAACAUGUACGUCGAAGUCUGUCGAAUGUGUAAGCCGUCCCGCGAGUAUUGGAGGCUAUUCGACGUAACAGAGAGAACAGCACGAUAUUCCCAUCGCACUGGAAGAUCAUGCCACAAGUGUAAUUCCAUAUUGCAGGACUCGAUUGUUCAUUUUGGUGAGAGAGGUAAUCUUCCCUGGCCGAUUAAUUGGAACGGGGCGAGUAGAGCUGCGAAGCAGGCGGACGUGAUACUGUGUCUUGGCUCGAGUUUGAAAGUUCUGAAGAAGUAUCCUUGGCUUUGGCAGAUGGACAGACCAGUCCACAAGAGACCCUCUCUCUAUAUCGUGAACCUUCAGUGGACUCCCAAAGACGAGAAUGCCGUGCUCAAGAUUAACGGGAGAUGCGACGAAGUCUUGGCCAAGGUCAUGUUGCAUCUCGGAAUCGAGAUUCCACAUUACAACCGGGCAAAGGAUCCCAUCUUUCACCAUGCCAUAAGACUGCAAGUCGGCGAACAGCUGACGACUACUCAGCCGUGUCUCGAGGAACCAUCGAGCUCCCUCAUGAGGGACUCUGUAAGUUCUGUGGCGGAUGGAAUACCCGAGGAAACGAUACCAAAAACCGAAGAAGACUGCGAGAACAGAAUAGCGCUUGCUGAGCCAAUGACUGCAUAUCCAGCUCCAUUUUUUGCUGCGCUACCCUUCCUAUCCAUGGGCUUACCAUUCCCACCAAUUUAUAUGUAUCCCCAGCUCACGCCACUUUUCUGCUAUCCCUUUAUGCAGGCAUCUGCAGUAGUCGAGGAGCCGCCUAAACCGGUACCUGCUUGUACAUUUUGCAUGGAGUACGAGGGAUCCCUUACGUGUCUCUUUUAUCAGCGUAACGGUGACGAUCCCGUCAGCAUGGAGCCUCUGGUGACGGAGACGGAAACGGAGAACGACUCUAAUCUAGAACAACUUCAGGAGACCGACACCCUUGUCCUAGACUCCGGCACACCGAUAGCCACCGCUAAAAAUCCCGGAUGGUUCGGCAAGGGUUAUCGUAAGGGCAUGAAAAGAAAACGGUAGCCUCGACUGAUCGCUUUGUGGCGUGCGGAUUUAGUCGCCGCACUUCCUUUCGUGUACGAUACAGCACGCUGUCAAAAAAGAGUACGGUGUAGUCGUACGAAGAUCACACGUGAGUCAGAAGAAUAGCCCAGGUACCAGGACGCUGUAACGUCUUCAAGAUGUCGCAGACAUUCUGUUAAGAUGCUAUGGAGUGUCGAUGUCAGUGAAACGUUCCUACGAACUCUCAGAGGGUAUUUCGAAAUUGUUUACUUCUGUCGCAUUGCGUGAAGUAAAUGAACUAAUACGGAUAACGACGUACGUCGAUAGAGUAUUAGGCAGACAUACGUGAUCAUUAUGCAAUCUUGAGCUUUAAUACGAUAACCGUGUAUACGUAUCAGCGCACAUUAAUAGGAUCAUUGAACAUUUGAAGUAGACUGUUCUCGUGAGGAAUACGAAAGUGUCCUAAAAAGUUUAGUAGGUCUCCUGCUCGGAGUAUCGUUCAUCCUCAUAAGACGUAAAAUGCAGGUCGGCUCUGGCAUCUUUAUCCUUAUUUCUUUUUUAAAUAUAUUAAAAAUUCAAACGUGUAUUAGUACCCGCAGGAUAAUGAUAUUUCGACGGACAUUCAAUCAGUGUUUCGACUAAUCGAGAUAGCUUGCUUUUUUACGUUAUCAUUUUAACCAUUUGUAAAUUGGUUAAUUUUGUUAUUUAUUUUAUAAAAUUAAAUAAGCCUCACGCCACACAUGCUUACGUGUGAUAUUCCACGUA